AUAUCUAUCUAACAAUAAACUUGCUGAAAUCCAGAAGGGAACUUUUAAGAAUUUACCAAAAGUGAAAUACAUAGUACUCAAUAAAAAGUUUUUGAAUAGAGUUGAAAGUCAUGCAUUUGAGUCUCUUCCUGCUUUAGAGACAGUAUACCUAGACGGGAACAGUAUAUAAGAAAUGCAGAAAAACUGUUUUGGAAACGGAACGAGGCUUGAUCGUUUGUAUCUGGGUUCCAAUCCUUUGAUAUGUGACUGUGGAAUGAAGUGGUUAAUGCACUACGUGAAAAUCCAUCACACCUCGCUAGAACUGGAGAGCAGGGAAGGAAGUCGUGUCGAUGUGGUUUGUGACAAACCAGAUACACUUAAAGGGAGACGUGUUCUGGAUCUUCCUGAGAACAGUUUUUACUGUGAAUGUCGAAUUCCUGGAAUCAUGUACAGCGGGACAGAAAACAAAACAAUCAAAGGAUUUGGAUGUCAAUAUUGGUCAGAGCAGAAACCACACAGACAUGACUAUGACAUGCUUGGAAUGAACCAAUCAAACUACUGCAGAAAUUUUGACCGUGACAGAGCAUGGUGUCUUACCAAUCAAACAGAAGUAUUGUGGGAUUACUGCGAUGUCCCAUUUUUUGUCACUUUAGAAUUCGGCAUGUUGGGGGUAGACCUGAAAAUGAGAUUUUUUUCAGAAGAGUCAAAUUACGUCACUAAAAUGAUUCCCAGUAGUUUGUACGACCUCCCCGCGAGGCCCUGCAGCGCAGACUCAUGCUGGCCAUCAGCCGUCUAA